AUGGAGGAGGCACAACAGCCAUGCGCUGCCGCCUGUGGAGAAGAAGGGGCACCGCCGGCAGCCACCAUCUGCCGAUCCGCAUCAAAUGCCACCGUCGGGCACACACCGCAUCAGCCGUCGAGUGGAAGGCCCCACCGCCACCACCAUGGGAGGCCGGAUCUGCUAAGGGAAGAGGCGGUCGCCGCCGAUCUGGAUCUCAGAAGAGAUGGGGCCGGUGAUGUAGGUGUCAUUGCCGCCGGUGUGGUCGGGGUUGCGGAGGGCCCGUCCGAGCCCGGCGUCGCCUUCACGGGGGAGCGGCGCCAGAUUUGUGGUUUCUGCGGUUCUUCUCGGAAGGGACAAGCGACGGAGGAUUUGGGGUAG